AUGCGAGGUUUAAUAAUCUUAAUGUUUGUGAUGCGAGCUUACUCUGAUACUCAGGCAGUACAACACAGCAUGUAUAUAACAAGGAAAUCCCGGUCCAACGCGCUUCCAUAUGAAACUGGUUAUGUUUAUAGUAAAAUGAACAAUGAUCCUGGAACAUUUGCAGUGUUUGGUAAUAGUGGAAGUGCAUUGAACAUGUAUAGUGGUAACGACGCUAUGGAUAAACACAGGAAUCCAUCAAUCGAACUAUCAAAAUAUUAUGAUCCUCUGAUGACGCAUAGCGGAAAUCCAGUGCCGACCGGUUUAUCUCAGUACACGUCUCCAAUAACUGAGCAUUAUGCUGAACCCGUUACAAAAUUUGAUAUUGAAUACGAAAAGACGAAAACAGAUGUUAUGAUUGCACGGCCUGUGACCGAGCCUAGUAUUGAAGAAACAACUAAGUUUGACAUCGACUAUGAGAAGAUUAAAUCUGAAGCGAAAAUGAUAAGCCAGUCUGCUUCUGAGACUAAUAAUAUAAAACCUACAAAAUAUGACUUAGACUAUGAAAAAGCAAAGGCAGAUACAAUGUACGAUUCUAAAUACAUCCCUGAAAAAAUUAAAUCGGACGCUAUGUAUGAAAGACUAAAAUCGGUAAUGUACUAUAAUCCAUCUGGAGCCAACAGCAUAAACGAAGUUGGUUACGACAUGAGCGAUUAUCAUAUCGAUGAUAACGAUGUUAGAACUAGUUCCAGAAGUGCUUAUGACAGUUGGCCCUAUUAUUAUCAUAGUCCAUAUGAAUAUGAAGUCAUGAAGAUGGAUUCUGAUAUAGAAAAAGUAAAAGAUAAACGUUAUGUUGUAGAUGUCCCAAAAGAUAUUAUACCCGUAUAUGAAAAUGCUGAUUACGAUAUUUCAAAUGAAUAUGAACCUCCAGUUUCAACACCCAGAUAUUACCGUGAGGUAUCUACCGAUAAUCCUAUAGUAGGAAAUGAACCAUUUUUUUCUUUCGUUUUGAACGAUUAUUUUGAUAAGAAUCGUGAUGAUGAUCACUUAGAUUUCAAAGGAUUAGAUUGGGCCAAAGAUUUUGAUCACGAAACAUCUUAUCCUGAUAUCGAUGAAUACGUGAGAAAACACAGACGUUUGGAAGAUGGUAAGCAGGUUACGAGACAUCCAACUUAUACUCAAGCCAAUCACGUGGAAAACGACGCGAGAGCAGAACAAGGGAAAUCUUCAACUGAAAAAGGAUAUACGAAGAAACAUGGAUUUGAUAAAAACAAUAAAGGUGAACACACAAAUGAACAGCAUAAGCAGGGAUAUGAAAACGCUAACAAUAAUUAUAGAGGCUUCAAAGAUUUCGUAGACUCAUUCGCAAAUAAAUUUGGUGCCGAGGAACAUAAAAAAGAUGGUAAUUAUAUAAUUAAUAAAAACCAAGAUAAAGGAGAGAAUAGGAAAGGAUUCCGUAGAGUUUAUCAUAAAGAUGAAUAUCAGGAGGAUAAUGAAUUCUUUGAUAAUAAUAGAAAUACUGUUCGUGCAGAUGAAAAAGGUAGUUCAUCUCUUCACAAUGGAGGUACUGGAGGAUUAUUACAAUCUCAUGCAGCAGCGGCAAUAGGCAAUGAAGCAAGUGCAUCGCAGAAAGCUGGUAAUACAGAAAAUAAAAAGUUUGAAAACAGUCAUAAAGGUCAUGAUUUCAGAAAUGGAUACGAUAGCAAUUUUAAUAGAUAUAGAGAUGUAGCUAAGAAAGCAGCUCAAAGUAACAGUGCUGAUUACAGUGAUAAUUUUAGAGUAUAA